AUGCCGACCGAGGAACAGAAGCUGUGCUACGAGAGUUUCUUCACUUUCGCCCUCAUGUGGACCCUGGGUGGCGCGGUCGCUGACGACAAGAUCGUGAACCACCGCCGCGCAUUCAACGCCACCCUGAGGUCUAUGGCGCGGGGAGUCAAGCUGCCAGAGUUCGGAGAGUGCUUCGACUUCCGCUUCGAUGUGGCCGCCAAGGAUUGGGUGCAUUGGGAGACCAGCGUGAAGAAGUACGAGCCCGUCACUGAAGUGCUUUACCAGAACAUCAUUAUCAGUAAUGUCGAGCUUGAGCGCAUGAAGCAUCUCCUGGACCUCCAUGUGAAGCGGCAGAAGCCGAUGCUGCUGGUGGGUGUCGCAGGAACGGGCAAGACGACCAUAGUCAAGGACUACCUCGCGGAGGUCAAAGUGAACAGCGAGAUGAACUCGGCCUCCAUCAACCUCAACAGCUACACCACCUCUGCGGCGCUGCAGGGCAUCAUCGUAGGCUGUCUGGAGAAGCGCUCCGGCCACACCUUCGGUCCGCCGGGUCACCGUCGCCGCAUCCUCUUCGUGGAUGACCUGAACAUGCCCUACGUUGACAGCUACGACACGCAGAGCGCCAUCAUGUUGCUGACCCAGGUGCUCUCCUACGGGCAAGUCUACGACCGGGAGCGGCUGGACGAGAAGAAGACCAUCGUGGACCUGCUCUUCACCGCUUGCAUGAACCCCAAGGCGGGGAGCUUCAUGAUCAACGGGCGACUGCAGCGGCGCUUCACCGUGGCCACCACCUACGCCCCCGGCAUCCAGCUGAUCUCGGGGAUCUACACAAAGGUCUUGGGCCGACACCUCGAGGCCUUCGGCCAGCAGACGCAGCGCACCACGGAGCCCAUCGUGAACGCCACCGCCGAGGUUUUGGCAUCCAUCCAGAACUCCGCUUCCUUCCUGCCUUCCGCCGAGAAGUUUCACUACCAGUUCAACCUGAAGGACAUCUCCAACCUCUUCCAGGGCUUGCUGAGCACCAACAGCUCGGUCUUCCGGGACGCGGGCGGCCCCACGCGCUUCCUGAGGGUCUGGCUGCACGAGUGCCAGCGCGUCUUCUCCGAUCGCCUCGUCUUGGAGUCGGAUGCCAAGGAGCUGCAGGCGAUGAUCGAGAAGGCGGUGUCGAAGUGCUUCGUGGGCGUCGGAGCGGCCUCGAACCGCGAGGAGCUCUUCCAGCAGCCGCUCUGCUGCACCUCCUUCAUCUCCGAGGCUUCCGGGGAGCGGCAGUACCUUCCGGCGCGGGACCUGCAGCAGAUCCGGCAAGCGGUGGAG